GGUACUCCAAAUUCCAAUCAGGCAGCAGAACCCACGAAGCGCGUGAGGUUUUUGGUUCUUCAGAGGCGCAAGACAGAGGAACACCGGGGGGCGCCUUAUUGGAAUCGAGCAGCCAUGGCGGUGAAGGCCAGGUUCUUCGCGGCGGCCAUGCUCGCCGCCGCGUGCCUGUCGGCGGCGGUGGCCGCUGCCUUCGACGUGCCGAGCGUUGCCUUCGGGGAAGGCUUCUCGCCGCUGUUCGGCGACGGCAACCUCGCCCGGACGCCGGAUGAUAGGACUGCGCGCCUCUCGCUGGACCGGCGCUCCGGUUCUGGAUUCAUCUCCUCGGAUUACUACCUCCACGGCUUCUUCAGCGCGUCCAUCAAGCUGCCCAAGGAUUACACGGCAGGCGUCGUCGUCGCCUUCUACCUGUCCAAUGGAGACGUGUACGAGAAGACGCACGACGAGCUGGACUUCGAGUUCCUGGGCAGCCGGUGGGGCGGGCAGUGGCGGGUGCAGACCAACGUCUACGGCAACGGCAGCACCAGCCGCGGCCGGGAGGAGCGUUAUCUCCUCCCCUUCGACCCGACCGUGGAAGCCCACCGCUACUCCAUUCUCUGGGCUCCAACCCACAUCAUCUUCUACGUGGACGACACGCCGAUCCGGGAGGUGAUCCGGCACGCGGGCAUGGGCGGGGACUUCCCGGCGAAGCCCAUGGCGGUGUACGCCACCAUCUGGGACGGCUCCGCCUGGGCGACCGAGGGCGGCAAGUACAAGGUCAACUACAAGUACGCGCCCUUCGCCUCCGACUUCUCCGACCUGGCACUCCACGGCUGCCGCGUGGCCGCCACGCACGACGCAGGCGGCGCCAGCAGCGGGUGCGAGCUCCUCGGGCUCAUGACGGCCGACUACGCGGUCAUGACGCCGCGGAAGCGCGCCGCGAUGCGCGCGUUCCGGGCGCGGCAGAUGACCUACACGGUCUGCUACGACGCGGCGCGGUACGCGGCCGGCCCGUUCCCCGAGUGCGACAACUCGGACCAGGAGAAGGAGGCCUUCUGGGCCUGGGGCGAGUCCAAGACCGUCGUCAUGAAGACAUCGCGCGGGCGCGGGCGCCGCGGACGGGGGAGCAAGGCCGGAGCAGCCAAGGCACGCGCCGGCGUGGUGGCGAGCAGCUGAAGGAAGUUCUUGAUGACGCUGAUGGCAGUGUAGCACAGUUAAUGGAGACGGAUUUGAUUCGUUUUUUUCGGGGGGAUUGGAAUGUGGUUUCGGUGUCUGUAUAGGUUGAAAGGAGGCUGCAGGGAUUAGUAGUUCAUUGCUAGUAGUACUACUCCAUUAUUCUUUGAUUCGUUGGAUUGGAUGGCACUAAUCAUAGUACUAUGAUCGAAAUAUUACUUCAACUA